AUGACAAUGAUCCGAAACCCAUGUGGUGCACGAUCUCCAUUGGCGGAUCCUAAAUCAGACUUGGCUCGUGUUCUUAAACGCUUUGUAUACGAAUAUCAUUAUCAUGGCCAUGGAGCGCAAUGGUCAUCUCCCAACUACGUGCACUCAUUAUCCGAAAAGUUUAUUGACAUUAAGUGUCAGCAUGAUGCAAAGAAAUUAUUACUUGACGAAUCUGAUCGAAUUCCAUACAAAAUAAUAUGGCUACGUACAUCGCUGAAUGAUCAAUUCGAAAAAUGUCUUAUGUCUGCUUUUGAUUCUCUCGAAAUCUACGAAGACCGUGCAGCAUGUCUUGAUUAUCUCAACUCAGUUGAUAGAUCAAGACUAAGUCUUUAUCUGAUUGCGAAAAGGGACGAUGUGACAUUCGACUGUAAAAAUGUUAGAAGUUGCUAUUUUACAGAUUCUUAUCAAAAUAUCAAUCGAGUUAUCUUACAAAUACGCAGUGAUAUUCUCAGCGAUACAACAAGUCCAAUUCGUCCAAUUGAGCGAUCAGCCCGUUUUCUUAGUGAGAAUUAUGCUCCGUUCAUCUCGCUCAUAUCUAAUUUGGAUCUUCAUUUGGCGCUAUCACGAAACAUCCACGAUCAUAUAGAAGCGAAAAACGAAAUGCUCCGUGCUUGUCGACUCGUCUAUCAAAACAAUGAAGCAGAGCUGAACAGAAUCAAUGAAUUUGAAAAGAAAUAUAAUCAUGAUCCAGAUUCCGAUAAAAAAGAAGCAAUAUUUUGGUAUACACGUGAGUAUAAACGCCUAACAACAGUUCACUUCUAA